UCCACUCGUGGGGGCGGCGGAAGAGGGGAAAGGGGUGCUCGCUGCAACUUUUCUUGCAAAGAUGGCCUUGUGCUGUGUAAAGACGUUUUCAUGUCCGAAUGUUUGGGCUCAAAGCAAAUGACGAGUGACAGGAGAUGAAGCCGUUUGGCGAACUGCGGCCAUUUCAAGUUGUAAACAUCCAGUUGAAUUCACAGCCUCGCACGGGCACUGCCUGGUCUGGUGGGUAGGAGCGAGGAGGAAAUAUUUGCCCCAGCUUUCUGUAGUGAGAAGGCACUGGGAGGUACCGAGACCACAGCCAGGUAGUGUUGGGAACCUGUAAAGAACAGGUGAAGUGCUGUGGAAUUGAAGGAGAGUUAAUGUCCCAAGGAAGCAGGCUUUCUGGAAGCAGGAAACUGCUUAUGGUUUUGCAGAACUGACCUUGACCCACGGCUCUCUUCUUGGAAGUAGGAAUGUGUUCAUUCAAGAUGAAGUCCGAGAAGAAAGGUAUCUUUCAGAUGAAGGCAUUGAAGCUUGUAUGAGUUCUCCGGACAAAGUCAAUAUCAACGACAUCAUCCUGAUUGCUCUCAAUACAGAUUUGAGAACAAUUGGCAAGAAAUUCCUUCCCAGUGACAUCAAUGGUGGAAAGGUGGAAAAGCUUGAAGGUCCAUGUGUUCUACAAAUUCAAAAAAUUCGCAAUGUUGCUGCACCAAAGGAUAACGAGGAAUCCCAGGCUGCACCGAGGAUGCUGCGGCUGCAGAUGACUGAUGGUCACGUAAAUUGUACAGCAGUAGAAUUCAGUUAUAUUUCAAAAAUCAGCCUGAACACACCACCUGGUACUAAGGUUAAGCUCUCAGGCAUUGUUGACAUAAAGAAUGGAUUCCUGCUCUUGAAUGAAGCUAACACCACAGUGCUUGGUGGUGAAGUGGAACACCUUAUUGACAAGUGGGAGUUACAGAGAAGUUUAUCAAAACACAAUCGAAGUAAUAUUGGAACUGAAGGUGGACCACCUCCUUUUGUGCCCUUUGGACAGAAAUGUUCAUCUCAUGCCCAAGUAGAUAGCAGAGAGCUUGAUAGAAGAAAGACUUUGCAAGUCUCAAUGCCAGCUAAAUCUACAAAUGACAAUGAUGAAUUUGAAAAACAAAGGACAGCUGCUAUUGCAGAAGUUGCGAAGAGCAAAGAAACCAAGACAUUUGGAGGAGGUGGAGGUGGUGCCAGAAGCAAUCUUAAUAUGGGCUCCAGUGGUAACCGAAACAGGGAAGCUUUACAGAAAGAAAAGUCUUCCAAACUGGAGGGGAAACAUGAAGGUGUCUACAGAGAACUGGUUGAUGAGAAGGCACUGAAGCACAUAACAGAAAUGGGAUUCAGUAAAGAGGCAUCGAGGCAAGCUCUUAUGGAUAAUGGCAACAACUUAGAAGCAGCGUUGAAUGUGCUUCUUAACAGCAGUAAACAGAAACCUGUUCUAGGUCCUCCACCUCGAGGCAGAGGAAAAGGCAGGGGUCGAGUAAGAUCUGAAGAGGAAGAGGACCUAGGAAAUGCCAGACCUUCAGCGCCAAGCACGUUAUUUGACUUCUUGGAAUCCAAGAUGGGGACGUUGAAUGUGGAAGAAUCCAAGUCUCAAUCACAGUACCUUCAUCAAGGACAACACAGAAUGACAACUACUGAGCAGAAUGGAAUUAAAGAUGCUAAUCAACCAAGACAUCUUCCUCGAAACGAUGCCAGGCAGCUAAGAAAUGAAAAACCUCCUCGUUUUCAAAGAGACCCCCAAAACUCAAAGUCAGCUUUAGAAAGCAGUGGAUUACCUAGAAAUAGAGGUUCUGAAAGACCAAGCAGUUCUUCAGGAUCUGACGUCUGGGUUGAGGAGAGAAUUAGGUGUGAUAGACCAUAUUCUUCUAGAUAUGACAGGACGAAAGACCCUUCAUAUCCUCUAAGUACUCAGCACAGUGACAGUGCUUUUAGAAAGAGAGAGAACUCUAUGCAAAGCAGAUCAGGAAAAGGUCCAUCCUACACAGAGGCAAAAGAAAAUCCACUUCCUCAAGAUUCCAUAGAUUAUAACAAUCAAAAACGUGGGAAAAGAGAGAACCAAACAGGCACUCCCAGUCAUUUUUAUGAUAGGAACUCACGGACAAUAAAUAAUGAAGCUUUCAGUGGUGUCAGAAUUGAAAAACAUUUUAGUGUGAAUACUGACUACCAGAAUCCUGUCCGAAGUAGUACUUUUGUUGGUGUUCCAAAUGGAGAGCCGGAAAUGCCACUGAAAGGAAGACGAGUAGGACCGAUUAAACCAGCAGGACCUGUCUCAGCAGUACCUUAUGAUGACAAAAUAUAUUAUAAUAAUGGGCCCAAAAGACGAUCUGGGCCAAUUAAGCCAGAAAAAAUGAUAGAUUCAUCCAUUCCUCUCGAGUAUACAAAAGUAUGGAAACCUGGAGAUGAAUGUUUUGCACUUUAUUGGGAAGACAACAAGUUUUACCGAGCAGAAGUUGAAGCUCUCCACUCUUCCGGCAUGACAGCAGUUGUUAAGUUCAUUGAUUAUGGAAACUAUGAAGAGGUGCUGCUAAGUAAUAUGAAGCCCAUUCAAACAGAGGCAUGGGAAGAAGAAGGCACCUAUGACCAAACUCUUGAGUUCCGUCGAGGAGGUGAUGGCCAGCCAAGGAGAUCCACUCGGCCAACCCAGCAGUUUUAUCAACCUCCACGGGCUCGGAACUAAUAUGAAAAGAAUAGAGUCUUUUUGAAGAAAGGAGCCAUUGACUGAAGCAUCCCAGUCAGAGCCUGCUAGUAGACCUUUUUUUCCUUCAGAGUAAGAUACAGCCAAGCCAGAUGUUAUUUGAAGAAAGAAAGAAAAAAAAAAAAACACUCUAGAUGGAAAAAUGGAACCUGCACAAAGAAUAUACUGAGUUACGUGAAGCAAAUGCCUUCACCAAUGAAAAGGAGAACUUUUUCUUCUGCCAUCAAUAAAACCAUUCUGUUACUAUA